UUCCUCUUCAGUCAUCGAUUCACUUUUUACAUUUUACAUUUUUACAGUAAUGAGAGAAAUAAGUUUAGUUAGCUGUACGGUACUUUAAGUUCCCCAUGUGUGAUCUUAGGUGUUAAGGGAGUCGAGUGAAAGAGAAUGACGGAUAGUCAGCAGCAGUUCUGCUUGCGGUGGAACAAUUUUCAGGCGAAUAUCACGAGCCAGUUUGAGGCGCUUCGCGAUGACGAGGACUUUGUCGACGUUACCUUCGCCUGUGACGGCAGGAGAUUACAAGCACACAAGGUCGUACUUUCAGCCUGUAGUCCUUACUUCAAGGAGCUAUUCAAGACAAAUCCUUGUAAACAUCCGAUAAUAUUCAUGAGGGAUGUUGAAUUCGAACAUUUGCAAUCGCUCCUGGAGUUUAUGUAUGCUGGGGAAGUGAAUAUUUCUCAAGCUGAAUUGCCAACCUUUCUGCGAACUGCCGAAUCUCUUCAAAUCCGUGGCCUCACAGACUCCCAAAGCAAUCAGCACAACAACGAAAAGUUUUCGAAGACGAACAAUAUACACACUUCGAAUGGUCGUGGCCUGACAUCGCCGAGUUUUGAUGACGAGCGCAGUAAAACUCCAUCACCUUCGAGUCCCCCACCACUGAAAAGGCUGUGCAAAAGAAGUGAUUCACCCCAAAAUUCUAGUCCUAUAUCACCACCACCAGCAGCAGCAGCAGCAGCAACAACAUCAGCAGCACCACCACCACCAUCGAGCGGAUCUCGUUCUCGCCCUGCCAUUGAACCCCAUGUUCAACUUGACUGUUACAAAGACGUCGAUGUAGUUGAGCCAAAAAUAGAAUUACCAGAAUAUGGAAGUGACGAUGAAUGUUCUACGAAACCAGAUAUCAACACCUUACCGGGAGGAUUUCUCAGUUUGGAUGGCGGAAUGGAAGUUCUGCCAUCCUAUUCAACUUCCUAUUCAGGGAGCGGAAUUGAGGGUGGAAUGCCGGGACCGUCUCACGGGAGCAGCGAGUUAAACCAGGAACAGCAGGCAAAAAGAGUUCGUCGUGGCAGGCCACGGUUAGGAACGCGAGGUGGAAGACAUAUGACGUCUAUUCAUGGAAAUUCACCAUCUCGAGGUGACUGGUUGCCUCUGGAUAUGAGGACAACUCCACCCACCAUGCCUGCUUUUCGAGGAUUCGAAGAAACCUCUUCGGACGGUGUGGUUCAUUUGGGAGAGGGAAUUGCAAUCUGUGAAGAACAAUUGAGAGCCGUUAAGUGGAGUGAUUAUCGGAAACUGACGAGAGGUCUUGCAGCAAUUUUAUUUAGUCCUACGGAACUAGCGACGUGUUCCGUCACGGGACAACGUUGGAGUCGUGCAGGAACGGCUACAGAACGUCCCGUCAAGCCAGCCCUUGAUAAAGCAAAAGUGCAGGCAAUCAUAUCGUACGUGACAUCGAGAUUCCCUUCGGUGGACGUCAGUAGUGUGAAGCAGGUCCUGGCCUACAAGUGCAAAGAGAAUUCUACGGCUCUCAAGAUGAAGUCGAUUCGGUAUAUAUGCGAGAGGCAGGACACUGAACCUUCAUCCAUGGCCGAGUCGGAGGACAAGUGAGAGGGGGCAAGGGGUGCGUGCGGGGUGCAGUCCACCCUAAUGUUUCGCCGCGUCCUCCCGCACCCUCGUCAUCAACAACGACACCUCCAAAACCCGAACAAUAAUCGGAAUGAGAGCCAGGAUGAGGAGGAAGAGGAAGAAGACGACGAAGACGAGGAGGAGACUCACCAGGACCAAAGUCUCGGGGGCCUAAUGAGAUUGCAUGCCAUUCAUCGCGCCCUCCGAGCCACCCUUAGGGCCGCCACUUACUUGUGAUCAGCUCGUCAUCCUGAUUUUCAACUGGAAAAUGCACUUCAAGCUCUCAACAGCCUGCAAGCUACGGGUUCAAGGUUGGCAUUAAGGCGACAUCCCAAAACUCAAAGAAUGCGAAGCAUUUUCUGAUUAGCCCACGCAAUCUUAUUUUAUCCCAUUUAUUUAAGCGCUAAUCACAAUUUUAGCUCGUUGUUUUUUAAUUCGAGAUUCAAAAUUUGGAAUUUUUAAUUUCGAGAUGUAAAAUUACAUCUCUGUUGGUUGGAAAAAUGAAAGGGAUUUUGAAAAUCCUCUUUUUUAUCGGAGCUUGUUACACUUCUAUUUUAGAGGAAGAAGUGAGACCGAUCGAUUUUUGCGACAGAUGCUAAUGUAACGAUGCAAGACGAAAGGGUCACGAUUUUAGAAAUCUCGCUCGGGCACUUAGUUCCCAGCUCUCUCUCCGGACUCUCAGGCUCGUGAUUUUGCAUUCGCAUUCAAGGCAAACUGCCGGAAACUAUCUCGCGUUAAAAAGCGCUUUCGGUCUUUAAAUUCCUCUCUCAAGCCUCCUUUGGUUUCUUGAACGUGUCAAGAGCUGAAUUUUCUCGUGGUGAGUCCUUUUCAUUUCCGAUAUAUUUAUCGAGUUAGAAAUUUAUGAAAAAUUCAAAAUGCACUUGAAAUUUUCUGCUAAGAAACAUUUAUAUUUUUAUCUCAAAUCCGUAAAUAGAAGACGAACGCUUACAUAUUGUAUAACGUUUUCCUUAAGAUAUUAUGCUUUCAUCGUCUGAGAUAUUAACGAGAUGUAUGAAUAUCUUUUUUUGCCAAGGACAAAAAAAGAGGAAGAAAAACUUAAAGACUAAAAAGGAAAAUUGUAUACGGAUGCCACGAAUUAAAUUGCCAAUCUCCAGAAAUGGAAGAUGAUCCACGAGGAAUAUUCAGUGGGUUCUGACUGCUUCAAUAAAUCCACAAGGCUUUAGCGAAAGAUGCGCAAGGUCUUCGGAAGUUAACUCAGUUCAUGUGUUCUCGGUCUCUGACCGGAUUACUAGUCUUGCGCAGAUUGCAAUUUCCAAUAAUUCAGACACGAUUAAAUAGGUUUUAAUUUUUAACGAACUUAAAGAUAUUCACAAACAUUUUUUUUAAACUAAAACGACAUUUUCUCUAUAAGAAUCCUUAAUUUUACAAAAAAUUUUAAAAACUUGAAAUUCUCCUUUAAUUUUCUCUUUAAAUAAUUUUGAUAUUGAAUAAUGCGAACUUUAAUCUGAUUACGUGUCUGAUAGCUGCGUUUGGCUAUCGGUCUUUGACUUGAAAAAAAGGGGGAAAAAGAGAAAAACUAUGCAUGCAAGGUAUGACGAGGUGUUUUGAAAAAAAACUCGGCGAACCGAAAUCCGAGAUUAAAGUUUAAGGAAAAAGGAUGACGGCCAACGCGAGAAUCCGGCUGUGACGCGCCUCGUUGUACAAGAGCAGAUUUUAUUUGUUUUUCUUACAAUUUAAUUUUUUUCCCUUAAAAAACAAAAAACUACCCUUAUUGGCAAGUUAAGUGCAAUCCUUUUGUGCUUCGCGCCUACCCCAGAUACUUAGUGCAAUAAUUAUCUAUUCUACAUGUAAAAUAAUAAUCUAAGUUAAUAAUUUCAAGUGAACGAUAGAAAAUUUGAGGUUCAACAAAACAGUAUUGUCUGGCAAUACCAAGACGAUCCCACGUUAAUUGAAACAAUUUUUUUUCUUUUUUUUCACGCUUGCAAAAGCAGAAACACUGGGAUUGGAAAUAAAAAAAAAAGAAAACGUGAUGGCGUAUUUUUUUCAACGAGUCAAGGGCUAAUACUUUAAGAAACGGGGUUUUGGUCGCGAAUCUAGCCAGAGAGUCGCGCAUCCGUGUAUUUUAGACGAAUUGGUUGGCUGUGAGUUGCAGAUCAAGGAGGACGAGAAAAAAGUCAAGGACUAGAAAAAAGGGACGACGACGAAAAUGAUGACUACGAUAAUGAAUAAUAAUAAUAAAAACAAAGUUUUGAAAAAUAGUGAGGGCAAACAUAAAAUGAGGGGGUGAAUCAGCCCCCGGGCCCUUCCGGGAUACAAGGGUAGAUUUCACAUAGAUCAGCCUAAUAUAUUAUUAUAUUAAAUAUUUCGAAUAGAUGAAUAUAUAUUAUAUUAUUUGUUGGGAGAGCAUAUUAUUAUAUUACAUACAUAUUUAAUAUAUAUACAUAUAUAUUAUAUAUAUUUAGGAUAUUUAUUUGUUGAUUUGGUGAUAUAUAUAUAAUAUAUGAUUUUAUAAAGGCCGAGAAAACGGGCCUAUAAAUACGUUAUAUGCGAUUAAUCACAUCGACACCACGUGUCAAUAUAUUCAUUUUCGCGCAAUGAUACCAAAAUAUCUCUGUUACCGUCAACAAUCGCGAGUGUCGUAUACGUAACGCUAUUUAACAAGUGAUGAUGCACCAAAAUGCCAACUUUCCUCGCUAUAAGGGCACGAGUAACGGCUUAGUUUUCAUUUACCUACAUAAAUAUAUUAUUUUUCUUCAAUUUUCAAUUUUCUCUAUUAUUUUAAAAUUUAUAUUUUCAAAAAAAUAUAAAUGCUUUUAUUUUUCAAGUUUCUCAAAAAUUGGUUAUGUUAAAUAAUUUUUUUAAAAUAAUAAAAAUUAUUAUUACAGUGUUUUAUUUUAUAAAACUGUUUUCGGAUCUAAAAACAACAUUUGUAUCAAGUGAAUAAAUGUUCUGUUUAUUUUUUACUGUAUCCAUUAUAAAAUGGAAGACUUUUAGAAUUUUAAUAUUUAAUGACUUUUGUUAUUUUAUUUUGGUCUCAGGUUUAUGGCUGGACUGACGAAAAAAAUGUGAUUUUUAAAAAGCAUGUGUGAAUAGUGCAAUAAUAAAGUAAAUUUAACAAAUUUUAUAACUAUAAACAUUUGUUUUAUCUUUCGAAAAGUUUUAUCAAACUUUCAACUUGCAGAUAAACAAAAUUAUUUAUAAAUAAACGAACAUUAUAACUUAUUUAAUAGACAAUUAGAUAAUUUUAUUCGCCUAUUGUGUUAAAUACGAGAAUAUUAUUUUUAGUAUUAGACAAAUAUUUGACAUGUUUUAAAAAUAUUUUUCUAAACUUAUAAACUUGAUGUUUCUGAAUUCCAUUUUAUUUGUUCUCGAUUUGUUUUUAUUAAUAUAUACCUACAAACUAUUCAAAGUUUAAUGAAAACUAAUAGAAAUUUUAUAUUAGAACAAAAAAGAAUGUUUAUAUUUAAUAGUAUAUGAACGUGAGAAUUUGAGAAACUGAAAAUAAAAUCGCAUUUUCAAAGGUGUUGAUUUAUUAACACAAGUUGUUAAUUUCUAUUAUCUGCGGUUAUGAUAUGAAUUAUUAUUUUGUUUUAAUUUUAAAUAAGUAAGCUUAAUGUGCCAUUAAAACUAAGUCUUUGAACAAUAAUAGAGAAUAUUAUUACGUAGUUUAAAGUCGUUAACAUUAAUUAAGAAUUAAGAAAGAAUUAAAUUUUAUUUUAAUUAUUAAAUUUUCAAACUAGAACAUUUAUUCCAUAUAGUAUAUUUUAAUUAUUGUAAGAAUGUUAAUUAUACAUAUAACAGGAGAGCUAAUUUUCCCCGUUCCACAGUUGGUUUACCUACUAGUUAAAAACACUAACUUUCAAUCCGUUGAGUCGUCCAAGUCUUCGCAUUAGGAGAAAAUAAAUUUUUCCUUUCUAUUAUAAAAAUUUACACUUUUUGUUAAUUAUAUUCCAAGAUUUGAAAUAAUUAAAUUUUUGUGAAAUAAAAAAAAGUUUUCAACUCAAAAGAAAAUACUGAUUAUUUGAAGCCAUAAAUAUCCGUUCCUCGGUCCCUUGUGAGUCGAGAGAAUUCUUAAUAGGGAUUAACGGUGUCGUUAUUGUUACACGAGAUUUCCUUGACGAUUUGUUGUUCUGAAAAGAAAGCUCUAAGCGAAGUAGAAUUAUUAAUAUGAUCGAGCACGUGAGGGUCAUGGCUGCACUUAGAAGUGAAAAAAUUCAUUUGUACGAACAGUUUCAUUAUCGAGUAAUCCCGCGCGUAGUUUUGUCGCUCUCGCAGAGAACGUUUGUAAAUAGCUAUACCAUAUAGUAGGUACGACGACUUCUUCGAGCGAUAAUAAAAGUUUUGUGAUGGUGAGUUUGCGAUUUGGGCUCUUAAGACCCGUUCGCGUAUACCAAGCGCCUAUAUAAUGGAUAGUUCAUACGACUAGUGAUCGAAAUGCAAUCGAACGGAGAACGAGACCCUAAGACACACAAAACCACUAAACAAAUUCCAUUCCAAUCAGAGUUCGAGGCGAGAAUAAACCCACGAUAGGUUCAAUUUACCAACUUGACAAAUUGUUCCCAUUUCGCUCACUGAUUCUCCACUUUAAGAGUUUGUCAAUAUAAAGGAGAGAUCAACGUAUUUAAUUGCCUCUCGCUAAAUUCAAUCUUUUCAAAAUUAAUUUAAUUACUCUUUUCUCAUAAAUGAAAAAAUACGUAUUUCUCAAUUUUUUUUAAGAAUUCAAAUCAAGUUUACUGCAAAAAAAUGGACACAUUUUAUUUUGAAAACGGCAUUAAGAUCCAAGUACUUUCAUUCUUUAAAGUCUAUUGGGAAUUUUGCGUGAAAAAAGUCUCAUCUGCUGGCAGACAAUUUUCAUUACGGGAAAUUGAUUAAAGUGCAUGUUUUCAUCAAGUGAAAUUGUUUUGAACGAAGAAUCGUUUGAGAAGAAUUUUGUGGGUUGUUAUUGAUCCUCAAAAUAAAUCGUGCGUACUUUACUGGCUAUAUUUUAUUGUAGUGUAACGAGCAUUUUAUCACAAGUGGCCUGCCAAUAACCGACGAUUGAGACUGCUAGAAUUGCUAAUAUUGCAUCCAAGCCAAUUGGGUAUUCAAUCGUAAAAGUGUAAACUGUUUGAAGAAAACGAUUCCCUCAAAGAAAAGACAUUCAUACAUAUUUGAAAACUAUUUUCCUUUCAUUCUUAUGUCACUGUGUCUGUGGUCUAUUUGUUAGACUUAUUCGAGAUUUUCAGAAGCAUUUUCUUUUCAUUUUCAAAAGACGUAUAUUUUGUCAGGACAAUUUAUUCAGAUUAGAAACACAAUUUUGACGUAACAUAUGUCAAUUAAAUAUUUAUUAGCGCAUGACUGCUGAAAAUUUAAAAGUCUGCCAGUAUUUGACUAAAAUUUUCUUUCGAAAUUUCCCUCUAUUAUGGAACGCAUGAAUAAGUUUUAAAAAUCGUUAGUUAGAAUUUUUAUUUGAUGUAAUUAUUUUUAAGCCCAAUUUUUUUUUUUUUUGAUAAAAUUAGUUUAAUGAUAAUUCUGCAAAAUAAUAAUUUGAACAAAUAAAAAUUCGGCUCAAAAAUAACGAUGUCAAAUGAAAUUGUAUAAAAUGAAAAUUCUAAUUAAUGAUUUAUAGACCUUAUUUGUGCUUCCCGCCGAAUUAUUAUUCAUAAACUUUUCAUCUUCUGUCAGUUGCAAUGGAUGCGAGAAAAAAUAUAUCGGCUUAAACAGUUAAAAGAAUUUUGAAAGAGUGAGUUGUCGCCGGAACCCCUUCUCCGUUCGAUAGGAUAUAGAGAAAUAUUUAUGCAUACUUUUACCUGUAUAUUUAGAUAUAUACCAAAAUAGUUUCCAACGAAUUGGUUUAGGAUCGACGAGAAGAAAUAUUUCAACCGAUAGGUAUAAAACAUAUUAGGUUUUAAAGUCUAACGAGAAGGAGUGAGGUCACUCGACACAAGUAACAUACUCCAUGCCUUACGAUAAUAGAUAAUAUGAGUAAAUUAAGGAUAGAUAGAAAUAUUUAAGUAGAGUUAAUCUUAAAAUUAAGCACUUCUCCUCUGGAACACUACUGUGUCCAAUUAAAAUUCAAUCUACGAGUCAAAAACCAGUGGUCGGUUAUUAAUAUUUAGAAACAUUUUAUUUGAGGAGCAAAUUUUCAAAACCUGAUAAAUCCAUAUUUUCUUAUUUCGAGAAAUUGAAACAAAUGACUUUUCUCACAUAACCACUGCAGUUACUUUAAAAAUAUAAAAUUUGUAAUAGUUUAAUUCUAUAACAAUGUUUUUAUAUUCAAGACGAUCUGUUUUUAAUUAAACUUUAUCAUAAUUUAAAGAUUUACAAGUAUUGGUAAUUUUUUUUAAUAAAAAACAUAAAAAUUAUAACUCAUCUUGGUUAUGUCCAAAAGUUUUUGAAUUGAAAAUUCGUUGUUAACAAAUUUUUUUUCUUAAAUUUAACAGCGACAGGAAGAUUUGUGAGGUCCUUAAAAUAUUAAAUUUAUGUUUAUCUCCAUUUUUUUGAAAAAUGGAUUUAUCAGAUUUUGAUAUUUCGACUUUCAAUUUUCAUCAAUUUAUAUAUAAAAAUGCAAAAAAAGAAGAAGAAACCCCUAAUUGUAAUUGCAAAUGACUAAUUAGAGAUGAAAAUUAUAACCAAUGACAUUUCAUUUCUUUACAAUCAACCACCUCUACUUUUGGCUCGCAUUUUGAAAUUAGUGCGCAUCGUUAAUGUAGAAAAUGGUGUUAAUUAGAGCGAGCGACGUUGCCUCGAGUAAACAUCGACACGGGAAAAAAAAGAUGAUCGGCAUUUGAUGACUGCUUUUAUUUUGCACCUAAAACUUGUGCAAUUAUUACAACUCAGUGAUAAAAAGAAGAAGAAAAUAUUAUAAAUAAAUUUGAAUUCCAAAAAAGUUUACAUUUGAGUUGACAAAAGGGCAGUAUUUAAAAAAAAUAUUGGUUAGAAAUCACCUUUUAAACUAAAACACCAAGUUUGUAAAAAUUGUCAUUUUAUUUAUACAUUGAUAAAAAAUUUAAAAGAAAAAAAAUGGUAAUUUUCAAAUGUAUUUUUUCUACUUUCCGCGAAAAUCUGCAGGUGCCUAAUUUGCAAAACAAAUUCACUCGAGAAAAGACGAGCAGAAUUAUAUCGAUUCGGCCAAGAAUAAUAAAUAACGCGAGUUUAACGAUGCAUUUGGAAUACACUUACGUAAAUCGUCUAUAUUGAUAUGCCAGGAGAAGAGACGGAAAAUUUGUUCAACUUUUAACGAUGCGAGGAAAGGCUAUUUGUCUCAAACAUUGCUUCGUAAUUCACAAGAGUCUCGUUUUGUAUCGAAAGAAGGAAAGAAAUGAAAAACAGAUCAGUGAAUUUUUCUUUCUUUCUUUUUUUUCUGCAUAAAACUUGAAAGAGGAAUGUCUGACUCUGAGAUGGAAAAGAUGAAAGAGAUUGUUGGGGUUUCCAAUUUUUUUUGCUUGGACCAUUAGUUUGAAAAAAGGAUGUACGAAGGAGCAGUCAAAAAAGAAAAAGGGCAAAUAAAAAAUACAUCUAACAGAUGUUUAUAGUAUAUACGAACAAUCUUUGCUGUUACGAUUUAAAAGUAAAAGAGGUCAAAGGGCUUUUAAAAUUGGAAUCCCUUUGAAGAGAAAAUCGAAAGUCUUUUGAAAGUGAAGCUCUUUGAAAAUGCCUUUAAUUCCUAUUUGCGAUGAGCUUACUAACGAACCAAAAAAUGCCAAAUGCACCAAAAAGCACUUUUAAUAGCUAACUCCAAUUUUAACAUAAUCCAUAAUGAAUACAGUAUUUCCGAGAAUCAGAAAUGCACCAAAUGUUAUUAAUGAACACCUUUGUUUUCAAUAAUUUACUCUAUUUACCAGAUGUUUAUUGUAAAGUCUAACUUGUUGUUUUUCUAGUUAUACAUAUAGACAAACACUGUCGAGUACGUUACAUGUGCCUAUAAGAUGACGAUUAAUUAAGAAAAAGAUUAAUUAGAAGAAUUCAUUUAAAAAAAGAUCCCUUUAUAGAAAAGUUCAUUAAAUAUAAGAAGGAAUCAUUAUAAAAAAAUCCUGUGUCUAAAUUUUUUCCCAAAAGUUUGUUUUACUAUUUUCUUUUUUUUAAAUUUAACAAACGUUCAAUAAACAAAAUUUAAUUUCAAAAAACAAUACUAUUUUACAAAUUUUUAAUCAAAUUAAAAACAAAAUUAAUAAAUGAAAAAAAAUAAGUAAAAUAAAUAGCAUACUCAAUGAAAGUUUGAAAAAUAUUCUAGCGUAAAAAAAUAUAAAAAAUUAUUUUUAAAAAAUAAUUAAAUAUAAAUCUCGUUUAGAAAGAAAACGAAACUGUACACGUAGGAUUUGAGAAAAACUGUUUUGUAUUUCUUUUUUUUUUUUAAAUUUAUAGUUGUGGCUUUAACGAUCCCGAGAAUAAUAAAGAAAAUCGGGAUAUUUUCUUAAAGAAACGACUAUAAAUGAAAAUAAAAUUUGAAGCGUGAGCUCUUUCCUUUGCUGUUCUUUAUCGGUAUCGUAAUUAAUUUAACUACCAUAAGUUACUUCGGAACGUGAGUUAGAAGUCCUUUAGACGAGUUUCUCUGAUAGGUAUACAGUCGAUCAGUGUCAAUUGUUAAAAAAGAAAAGAAAAAAAAGGAAAGAAAAUAUUUUAUUCAUCUAAUGUUUUUCGUUCUUCGAGCCAAUUCAAUGCGGAGAGCUUAACUAAAAAAAUUUCUCCAUUUAUUUAGACGAAUUAUGAAUAACUUUACUGUACAGAUUAUAAGCAAUAAUUUUGGUGUACCUUUUUUGUUAAAGUACUAAAAUACUUUGCUCUUUUCGCAGAUAAGCUUGUUGAUUCAAUUGCACUUGUUUUUCGUCUGAAAAAAAAGUUUCCUAACAUUCUUUUUAUUUUAAAAACAAUUAUUUGUUUUUUUAAAUAUAUAAAAAUAUUUUUUCAAAAUUUUCUUAAUCUUUUAAUACAAAAAAGGAACCUUUUCAAAGUUAUUCUUUAUAAAAUUAUGCAUCUAGAGAAAAGAUAUACUUUUCUCAGAGCCAAAUAAAUAUUUAUUUUGUUUUAAAUAAACGCCGAUAAAAUAUUUCUCUGGGUGUGAUGUAAAAUAUUUAAAAUAAUAUUUUUUAAAUUGGAUCAGCAAAGCUUUUUUCGCUGAAUUAAUUAGAUGGUGUCGCGUGAUGCUUACAGGUCGAUACAUCGAAUAAUCUCGAUGUGUGCGCCAGAGAACUUAGAGAUCCGCGUUAUAUACCAUUUUUCGUGAUAGCAUCUCAGUACAGAAGGAAGUAUCUCGAAGACAUGUCUUCGGUUCUUCCACAGUUGUGAUAAGUUUAAUUGUCAAGAGCUACUAUAUUAUUAUUAUUAUUAUUAUUAUUAUUAUUAUUAAUUAUUAUUAUUAUUAUUAUUAUUAUUAUUAUUCAGUUGUAGAGCGGCUUAUUUCUUGAUUUGUUGUGUCACUUUGAAUUUCUGUGUUAUUUUUAAUAAAUUCAUGGAUUAUUUCGUU